GAACUCGUGGCUUCUAUAAAAAGCAAACGGUGGUUGCACGUCGGGUUUGGAGAGGAGUUAUAAAACAAACAAUUCUGAAUUGAUAAUGACUGACACCGAAGCGCAAAGCGCUUCUCCACCGGCACUGGUGGAAGAUAAUCCUCAACCUGAGAGAAAAAUCAUAGCAACGUUGGUCCAGGGCACAGUGAAAUGGUUCAAUGUGCGGAAUGGAUAUGGCUUCAUUAACAGAAAUGAUACCAAAGAGGACGUCUUUGUUCAUCAGACUGCCAUCAAGAAGAACAACCCGCGCAAGUUCCUCCGCAGCGUUGGAGACGGCGAAGUCGUAGAGUUUGACGUGAUCGAAGCGGCUAAGGUCAGAGUCGACGCUAGAGCAAAGGGCGGCUUCCAACCACCGACCCUAGAACAAUGGGCAUGUUCCACCACACCUAUCCAUGGGUCCGAGGCGGCCAACGUCACCGGCCCCGGCGGCGUUCCGGUGAAGGGCAGCCGCUACGCGCCCAACAAACGGCGCUUCAGACGCCGCUUCUUCCCGCGCAGCCCUAACCCGGACGACCCGGACAAGGGGACCGCGGAUCAGGACCUCCCGUCCGACGGCGAGGGCCGGCCUGAGAGUGAGGCGCCGCGCCCGGCCCCAAGGCGCCGCGGGCCCCGGAGACCCCGACAGGAGGGUGAGGCCGAGGGAGUGAGCGGUGAACCCGCCGACGGCGACCAGCAGAGACCACCGCGCCGCAGAUUCCGCCCCCCCUUCCGAAGGCAAUUCCGUCCCCGUCCGCCUGCGGCGCUUCAAGGGGAGGAGGAGGAGGAGGAGGAGGAGCCUGAGCGGCAGCAGGAGGAGCCUGAGGGGGGCGCCGAGGUGGUCCACACUGUAGGGGACGAGCAGCCGCUGGAUGUGAAGCCCCCGGAGCCCCCGGGAGACCCUCUGGGCGACGGGGAGCUGGCCGAGGGCCAAGGCCAGAGGCACCGGCGACAGUUCGGGCGUCGCAGGCAGAGGAACUCUGACUCCUCCGCCGCAUCUAAAAAUGGAACGGAGAAAUCUGCCUCCGAGCCCAGCACUCCUCCGCCUGUCUCCAAGCCGUCAGACCUCGCCACGCCUCCACCUGCCUCAAAGCCGUCGGACCUAAAGUCCUCGCCAAAGUCGCCAAAGUCUCCCAAGUCCUCGCCAAAGUCCUCUCCCAAAACCACAAAAUCCCUUGAGUCGCCUGCCAAAACGGUUCCCACGGCAACGGAAUGACUCCGGGGAGAGACUCCAGCGUCGCGGUGCCCAUGGACAGAGGUGGGGAGCACCGUGUUGGGUGCGUGCGAUUCUGAGUCUGGGGGUUAAUACGGCCGGUGCAAUGGGUCUCGCCUUAGCCAUCGCUCAUUGAUGAUGUUGUUUUAACCAAAAACUUGUUUUGUAUGGAAUUUAUAUAUACAUUUUCUUUUUUUUUACUGAAAAUGCAGGUGUGUACCUCUUCUGGUGGUCAGUGAGCCAUUUCCUUUAUUUAUUUUUUGUUUGGACGGUGUGGGCCUCGGCACUACUCUCUGGCCUUGUGUCCUGCUCUACGGGCUGGGACUGGGCCCACCGCCACCGCACCUGCACCACUUCCCCCCCCCCCCCCCCCCCCAUGUCCCCAAGCCCCGCCCCCUCCCCUCCGACUCCUCCCUCCCCGCCCCCCCUCCGCCCCACGAGUUGGUGUCCGGUGGGGGGGGGGGAGUCUGAGAAGGAGCAACGGAGGAUAAGACGGGAAUCGGGCCGUUUUUAUUUAGAAACCAAAGAAAUACUGAGAUCUUGAGUCAUUUAAUAAUCUGCUUGGUAGUGCUGGGAUAGCUUUGUCCUUUAUUCACCCCCACCCCCCCUCCCCCCCAACUCCAGGGUGGUUUUUCUUUCGAUGACUCAGAUGGGGGCACAGCCAGUAGUUUAAGUUUAAUUGAGGGGAAAGGCCGGCCCUUUGGGCGUGCUGGUGGCGUGGGUUCCUGUUCUGCCAUUGCUCUCCCGUCCGAACGCAAGCCCCUCCCCCUUGAUUUGUUUACGAAAUGGGUUGUUUAACUAAACCAUACGUUUUUUUACCAGUAUUUAUGUUUUGAAGUUAUUUUGAAGGGGAUGAGUGCAAUGUCAGUAACGAAAUAAAUCGUGUUUGCAAAAAAAUGUA